CGUGAGGGGAGGAGGGGGGGGGGCAGAGUGGGAGGGAGAAAGCGAGGCAAAGAGUAUUUGGUCAGCCAUUGUCUGGGUGUGGACUUAAAAAGAGGGCCGGGUAGAAGUGGGCGGACGGGUAACUCCCAGUGUUUGUGCAUUUACACUCUGAAUUGAUCGUCCUUGAGAACAGGAGGAUUUAGACUUGAAGAGACGCACAGCCACCUAACGCACCGUCAACAUGCUGAUUCUCCUCGCUGCCAUCUUUGUCCUCCACAUCAUAGGCAUCAUCCUCCUCCUGGUGGCCACCAUUGACAAUGCUUGGUGGAUGACCGACACCAUUGCCACUGACGUGUGGGCCCGGUGGGAACUGGCCAACGGCGUGUGGAACUACACUGAUCUUCCUACUGGCUCACACUACCCAACCGAUUACCUCCAGGCAGUGCAGGCCAGCUCGGUGCUCGCUUGCAUAUUCUCCAUCCUGGGCAUCUUUGUGUUCGUGGCUCAGCUCUUCACCCUCCCGAAAGGACAGCGGUUCACCAUCUCCGGCAUCUUUCAGCUCCUUUCCUGCCUGAGCAUCAUGAUCGCAGCCUCCAUCUACACGGACCGCUUCCACCUCGACGAGAGCGUCGGUUGGUACGGGCACAGCUACAUCCUGGCGUGGAUCGCAUUCUCCCUCACAUUCAUCUCCUCCAUCACUUACUUUGUGCUACGUAAGAAGACGGCGUGAGACGGACACUUGAACUAACUCCAACCAGCCCAAAAACCACCGGCCGGAUCUACUCUGCCAGCGGAAAUCUGUUUUUUAGUUGCAGAUGGUGUAAAUUGUGUUUAUGUCAGCGUGUUGUUGAGAUCAGAUUUGAGUUGCUAGUGUAUAUUCAGCCGCAGAUAAAGCCGACCUGUUGAUCUUCUCAAAUAAAUAGUGGGGUUUGAUUGAGCUUGCUCUCAGAUAGUCGGGGUUUCACACUCUGUGGGGUAAAAGGCAAGUUCAAUCAAUCCCAGCUGUAUUUGAGUGAUGUUUCAACCCAGAGUUCAGGCUGGAUUUCUCAAGCAUCUAAAUACUAGGAAUAUUUUUGUUGUUAACUGAACAAAGUUUGCCUUACAAUUCAAGAUGCUGUGAUAAAUCUAUCACAGUAUCUAUCAAUGUUCCUGGCUUGUAACAAAAAGCCGGUUGAAGAGUAAAAUCUGUGGUCUUUUUUGCUGUUUCAUUGUUGUUGUAAUGCACAUUUUCGUAUAGAUAUGAGUGUUGGAUAAAAGGGGUGAGUUUAUUGUUUUUCACUUAUCUUAUUGUUAAUUCAUCAAUUAUAUUUCAUGUAUCUCCUCUUAUUUUAAAUAAUUAGACAGAGUAACUACAACAUGGUCGUCAACAAAAGUCUUUUUUAUAUGGAAACUGUUUUGGCAAAACGUAAAUGUAGGACAGAGAAAUUAACCCCAAAGUAGCGGGACUAGAAAUGAUGAAUUAAUCAUUAAUGAGUUCAUUAGCCUAGUAUUUAUGAAACAAUGCAUUAAUCUAAAGACUAAUCCACAGAUACACCAGUAAUUUGAGCCGUUUCCUCCAUUUCUGCCGCCCACUGGGACAGAAAGACAAACUGCCUUGUAUCUUAAAACGUGAGAUACUAUUUGUAAAUAUGUCUUAUUUCCCAUAAUGCUCUUUUUGUCUAAUGCUGUUUUAUUUUUGCUACUGUUAUUGCUUAUUAUGGAUGCCAAUGCCACUGAUUUUUACAACAUUAAAACUUGAUUUCCAACCAC